AUGCACUUCCCCACCCCCCUCCUCCUCCUCCUCACCACCCCCUUCACCCUCGCCGCCGCCCUCCCCACCUCCUCCUCCGCCCUCGAAACCCGCCAGUCCUGCGCCAUCCGCUGCGGUUCCACAUGCUACACCGCCGCCCAAGCCAGCGCCGCCCGCACCGCAGGACACAAUCACUAUCUUCAGGAUACCCAGGCCGGGUCGUCGAAUUACCCGCAUACGUAUAAUAAUCGCGAGGGGUUUGAUUUUUUGGUUGCAGGUCCGUAUCAGGAGUUUCCGCUUAGGACGAGUGGUGUGUAUACUGGUGGCUCCCCAGGCGCCGACCGCGUCGUCUUCAACACCCAGGGUGAACGGGCGGGCGAGAUUACGCACACUGGGGCCCAGGGAAGCAAUUUUGUUGCGUGUACGGGGUGGUAG